GCACGAGGAAAACGAGACGGUUGAAGAAAAUUAAAAUUGCGCCGUCGCUACGCAUCAGCACGGUGUGUCAAGUUGAGUACGAACGCUUAAAACGUUGAUUGGCGUCGCUUCUCAUCAAAAAUGAAUUAUCAGCGUAUCACGUAGACAGUUUACAAGAUAGAGAUUGAUUCAAGGAAUUUUGUGAUAUUGUAGCAAUCUGUCAUCGCAUUGCAAUUAAAUCGUCAUAAUGGUAAACGUUUGUUCACAUCACAUCGUCUAACGUUGUCUAGCUCAACGGAAGAAUUAAUUCUCUCACGGUAACGAAUACACAGACUUGUACGUAUCGAUAUACCUGUGCCUGUUGCCUGUGCGAAACACCGUCGCGAAACGAUGAUAUUUUCAAGCUUUAAGGUAAUGCCGACGCGUUCCUGAGAGAUGUGUUAUUCAGUAAAAAUGCGUACAUGUUCGAUAAUCAAUAACGCGAAGUAAUAACGCACAAGAUGGAUUUGAUCGAAUCGCGUCGAUAGUAGGUAGGAGCCAGUGAAAACUGGAGAUGUAGGAUAGGAAAGGUGACAGAGCGAGAUAUUGGUACGAAACCGAGAUAGAGUAGCGUCAUACGAAAUCGAAACUAAAUCGAGAUUCUUCAUUCGAACAAUGCUACCGCAGGAAAAUGCCGCCGAGCAUGAUACAGAAGUAAUUUGUUUGAAUGACGCGUUAGCCCCAUUAGCGAAAAGGCUAAGAAGCAUGGAAUGCCGUCGUAGGAACAAACGUCUUAAUUGUAUUUUAUCUACAUUUUUCGCUUUGACGGUGCGCAUCGAGCAUCGUAUCCUCCGCAAUCGCGAUUAAUUGUUCUCGAGCGCUGUGAGAAAUUCAUCUCUUCCUUUCGUGUUGGAAAAGAAGAGGGCUGGCGGGCUGGCCUUCCGUGCUCAGAGACAUUCUGUGCUUAUAAGACACUCGUUCUUAGGCAAGGUCGAUGUCGCAACGUUGGCUCGUGCGGACGCACCUCGCCGCGUGCGCAUCUUUCUCCCGUACGAAUUAUCGAGCAACGGCGGAUUUCCAAAUCUAGACGAACAAACCUGUCAAAUAUUUAAAAAAGAAAUGCUCAUAAAAUCGAAAGCAAACUUAUCGCUUAACGAUCGAUAAAAGGAAUACUUAAUCUUUUGCCUUUUAUUUUUAUCCUUGUUACAUAUACACGUGUGCGUAUCCUUCUGUAAUGCGUGUCUGUACAUACGCACGUGUGUGUAUGCGUUUUGUCGUUUGUCCACACAAUCUCAGAUGAGAUGAGAGAGAUAAAUAGAUAAUUGCGUUUAAUGGAUAAAAUUUAAAAUUGUUGUUUCCUUUGCUCGUCGAGUUUCUUGUUUGCAUAUCGUCCUCCUCUUCCUUCAUAAUUAUUAACGCAAUCGUGCUCACGCGAGUUUCGCUGAAAAGCAGGUAAAUAUACGUAAUGGGAGGAGCCGUGGCCAUGUGUCGAGAAAAACAGGAACAGAAAGAGAAGGAGAGAGCGCGAUCGGCCAUUAAAGUCUCUCGCAGCUUCCGUUAAUGUGUCUUCUCUUGCGAUCUUAACCGUAACUGCUUCUGGAUUAUACGAAAUGUUUAUAUGAAAUGUUUCGAAAUCGAAGAAUAGUAGUCUGAAUGAAGGAUAAAGCACGUAGAUGUAAAGCGAUCGAUUCGCAAGCGACUCAUGUACGAAUCGUGGAGCGCAUUUCGUCUUUGUCUCGUAGAACGAUAUAAUGUGUCUAGAUUUAUCGAGAUGCUAAGAGAAGGAAGAUGUUGCACGCGCGAUCAUGCGUAUGUGCGUUCGUUUCGCAAACGUUUCUUUCUCCUCGAGGAGAGUGAUCGAUCCUAGAGUAUUUUGCGAAAAUUUACAAGCAAUCCAAUUCCGUGGAUUGGCAGAUCCAAACAGGAAGAGGAGAUAGAUCGAUAUUUCUAAAGGAGACAACUUUUACAUACUUUGAGAUUCCGGGUGAAUCAACGAAUGUUCAAUCAUAUCGUGUUCAGUAAAGUCAAAGCCUUUAAUAAUCUUUGCCAGGCUUUGCUCGAGUGAGAUUUAGAAAUUUGAAGAAAUAUCUGGAUUUCCAAAUCAUAGAACGACAUUCCGUCGUAGGCGCACUUUCUAACUUGUGAUGCACGCUUGAGGCAUUGUUGUUAUCGAGAUUUGUUUGCAUCUAGCUGCUAUUGCAAGCUACGUCGCGUGCAUCAUGAACCCUUGAGGACACACCGUGCUAGCAUAUAAGUCAAUGCCAACGGGUUUCUCGACGAUUAUGCAACCGAUCGAUUUAGGCGACGCGACGCGUCAAAAGGUCAAAUCGACACCUGGAUAACUUUUGGCAGAAGAUUCUGUUCGAACACCUAUACUCUGUCACUCCCCCUCUUUCUCUCAUCUUUCUCUCUGUCCUUCUCCCUGGCAUAGUCAAAUGAGAUCCAGGCUUUUUCUCGUUUUCGAGUACCAUUACGAUCAGGGAAAGUGGGGUCUACGAUUUCGUAUAAAAGCGCAUUCGGGUCUCAUAGCAAUCAUAUUCGAAAUCUCAUCGCACUCCUCCAUUGGAUCGGCAGAUUCGAACCACUCGCACAACAAAAUGAAAUUCCUCAUCGUAUCCCUCGCUCUAGUCGCGGUCGCUGUUGCUCAGCACCAACAACAGCCGGUGGCCAUUCUGAGACAAGCGCAGGACAUCUCGCCUGAAGGAUCGUACAACUACGCCUACGAGACCGAGGAUGGAAUCGCCGUUUCUGAGCAAGGCUCGCCGCAGCCCCUGGGACCUAAGGGUGAAGCCGUGGUAACCGCUCAAGGUCAAUUCCAGUACACCGCUCCUGACGGCACCCCCAUCGCCGUCCAGUACUCUGCCGAUGAGACCGGCUUCCACCCACAAGGUGCUCAUCUCCCGGUCGCUCCAGCUGUACCCGAACAAAUCCAGAGAGCCAUCAACUACGUUCUGGCACACCCAGAGCCACAGUACCAGCAAUAAACGAUCGAUGACAUUUCGCGAUAUUUCUGGACAAAGCGCAUACCUCACGAGUCACCAAAUGUAGAUGUAUAUAUAGGUUUCUUAAUACAAACGGAAACAUUUCUUUAAAAAAAAAGAAAAAAAACAAACAAAGAAAA